AUGUUCUUAACUUUAGCUUUGUCCGACUCUGUCUUGGUCUUGCCGGCUACCGACGACCAGCUUCACCGCCAGCACAAUGUCCUUGACGCUCCACCUCAGUAUUUCGCAUCCAGCCUUGGCUCCAGUGCCUCGUCGACAUCGUUGCUACUCCAUCCAUCUAUGUCCACAUCAUCACUUGAAAGGUCACUGACUGCAUACAUCACCUUGGAAGUAGCUUCAGAAUCGUCAUGCAGUACUUUGACCUCUCUCACAGCCAAAUUCGUCGGCUCCGAGUCACUUUCCUUUGAAGGUGGACAGUUCGAGCAAAGUUGGCCCAUCAAUGUCAACGUCCGUAUCCCUGUUCCCCCACAUUUCAUCCUUAGCCCAGGCAAGACCUACAAGUUCCAAGCCAACCUACCCUACCCGACCACCAUGUCACCAAGCGUCCAGCUCUUCUACGGACGCAUGAAAUACAAGGCCCAGGUCAAGGCCAAGAUUCGAUCUGCCAGUACUCUCUUGUCAAGGUCCCUUUUGCCGGCCAAGACUAUCACCGCAGAAGAGCCUCUCCUCGUGGUCCAGGCUUCUCAAAUCGAGCCUGGCGCAUUCUCCAAGAUCAAGUAUGUGUCCGCUGGUGGCUUGGGAUCCACUUGCAUUUCACUAUCCCCUUCACCCUUGUUGCUAGGGGGCAGCACCAAAGUUCUGCUCAGCCUGCCUGACGCAGAGGCCAAAUCGAGGAUCCAGAAGGUAGAGCUUAGUGUGGUUCAAGACACUCGUAUCCGUUCCCGAUCCGGAUCCUCUUCGUCGUCAACACGCACUCAUGCCAGACCUUACAUUCACCUCCAGCUCCCACCAGCCCAGUCGCAACAGCAAGAGUUCGACUCGAGCCGCACCAAGCAGCUCGAGAGGUCUUCUGAUGCGUCGACAUUGGACAACAACAACGUGUUGGAAGCAGACUUCAGCAUUUCAAGUGACACUGAUUUGCAACCAACAACGCUGCCUGGCUCCGACGCUGCUAUCCUCCUCUCGCACCGUCUUAUCCUGACCGUAUUCUAUGAUGGCUCGGAUGGUGACACUAGCGACCAGCCCAAGAAAUUCGCUUGCUCUUGGCCGACGACGUUGGCCUACCCACAGGCCCUGUCUCGAUCUGUGGUUGAUGAGCUACCUCGCUACACAGAGAUUGAUGCUUCUUCGAAGACAAGCCCGAUCUUGUGA